CCCUCGGUCUGUCACUAUAAAGGUCAGUUGAUGCUGGAUGCUGGAAGACUGGCAGGACUGACAGAAGACACAAGACACAGAUUCAAGACAGUUCCAGGUCAGUCUCUUCUGAUGGAACUUGCCGAGUCCGUCGUCUCAAGUGAAUCUCCUGCCGGCUUCCACUCACUUCUCUGGCUGUGUUGCUGCUGCUUGCUUGCAUGAUGAUUGCUGUCUUCACUUCUGGCCUCCCUCAACACAUAAAUACCCUUCUCUCUUCAUCUUCUUCUCUUCUUCUUCGUCUGUCUCCGUCUUCAUCUCGACUCACUGCUCUGCCACUACAUCCACUUCUACCACUACUUCUACUUCUACCACUACUUCUUCAUCUAAUGGACAGACAGUGCCAGUUCGACGAGUCCUGCUCGACAGGCUCCUCCCACUACCGCAAGGUCAUCUCCCACAUCUUCGGGAGGAACAAGAAGUGCACCGUCAACGUCCCCGACGCCGUCUGGAUCUACUACUGCCGCAAGCACUACCAGCGGGCCCGGUACCGCAACGACGAGUGGCCCUUCACCCAGUGCCGCCUCGCCCUCGACACCAUCGCCAACAUGCAGGCCUGGGGCGGCGUCGAGUCCUUUGACCUCACCCUCAGACGCAGAGAGAGGCUCCCCCCGACUACUCCUACUGAUACUACUACUACUUCUCCUUCGACUUCUUCUAAGAAAUCACCAAAGAACAUCCCCCGGCCGGUCCCGGACUGGCUGCACGACUGCGUGGGGCCCAACAAGUCCUUUGACGAGAUCAGACAGCUCAUCAACGACCUCCGCACUCACUUCCUCUCCUUAGUCCAGAACAACCAGGAGCCCUUCUUCCCAGACAUCGAGAUACUCCCGAAUCUCCGGCGGCCAUCAAAAAGACCAUCUCGAGCCAAAGACAGUUAA